AUGAGAUUCGGAGACUUUUCGACUCUCUGCCAUCAAAUGCCAUCCUAUCCAUGGUGCAACCUCUUCUAUCGGCAGAUCGAACACCAUGCUCCCUUCGUCUUCAACAAUGUCUCUGCGAACGCUACGUCUGCUCCCGUUGGUGUCAACCCGGAAUGCGGCAUUCCGCGCGUCGGUUCUGACAAGUCGGUUGGCAACGUCGCCAACAUCGUCGUAUGCGGCCUCAGCAUCAUCUUCAUGGUCUUGCUUAUCGUAUGGACGAGUAGACGGAAGGCUGCUGUCGGUCGCGUCGAGCUGCGAGAAUUUUUCGUCCUGUAUCUCCUCACACUUCCCUUCCAGCUAAUCACCACUGGUUCGUUCCUCGAGCAGGGAUCUACCGCUCUUACCGCUAUCACCGGCGUACAUGCUGGCCUCGUCGCCGCGACGUUUUGGGCGCUGCUUGGGACAGGCCUCGUCAGCACGCAGGUGGUGGAGGACGGUACCCUAAGUUCGCUAAUCCCCUUGAAUUUCUUCAUCCUCGCGUUUUUCGCUGCGACAACCUAUAUCGCACUCGACGUGGGCUUCUCGAUCACAAAGGCUUUGGGGCCCUUCAAUCCUCCGCAAGACUUGUCCAGCGUUCCACUGUUCGUCCUCACAAGCAUAUGGCCUGGCGCCGCUGCGCUCAUCUAUUUUUGCGUGAUGCUGUACGUAGUGCUCGGCAUCCUGAACGAGGCACGCCCGGUGUGGUACUACGUUGUCGCCGCCGUCAUCUUCGUCCUCAGCCAGCUGGACUACUUCUUGUUGAACAAAGUUAUCUGCAAGGGAACAUCAGCGAAGAUUGAUGGGUCGUUCGUCGCGACGAUCCUGGAAACCGCCGCGGUCGGCGUCAUAUACCUCGGCUGGCGAAGUAUCACAGAAGAAUCGUGGGACGAGGAUAUAUACUACCCGCGAUAA